AUGUGGAACAGGAUCAACGCCAACACAGUGCAUCUUCUGUACCUAUCGAUCAGCAGCUUUCUCUGCUUGUUCAUGCUAUUCUCUGCCGUCAUUAAAGAUAAGCUCUACUUUGGAGAAGCAAAUGUUGCUCUUCUCGUCGGUGCGAUGCUUGGUCCCUUUGCAGCCAACGCCGUGGACCCCAAUAUCUGGUCGCAUUUUGACACUGUUGUGCUGGAGUUCUCGCGGGUUGUCAUCAUAAUACAAUGGUUUGCUGUUGCCCUCGAGCUGCCGAAGAGGUAUAUCCACUUCCACUGGAAGUCUCUGUUGUGGCUCGUUGGUCCAGUUGUGGUAUGGGGAUGGAUGGUCUGUACGUUGCUUGUGUGGUUCAUGGUACCGCGCUUGUCAUUCACGCAGAGCAUGACAAUAGCAUCUUGUUUUAAUGCUAUUGAUCCUGUGAUGGCAGCAACGAUUGUCGGGAACGGAUGA